GUAGUGAAAUAAAUACUAAUAAGAAAUCUUUUACUAUGUCUGCUUCAGUCAAUAAUAUAAAUAGGUUAACACCAGGAGACGUGCCCGGAAAGGAUAUUUUGGACAAGGGUUUUAUUAAAGUAUUUGCGCCAUUUCGUAUUAUGCAGACAAUAUUAGGAUCGUGUCGGGUGAACAUACGCGACCAAGUAGUGACCGCUCCAACCGUCGUUCAAAAGAUCUACACAAUCGCAUUGCUUAUUGCAUCGACUUUUCUUGGCAAAUCGUUGAUUGAAACCUAUUCAAAAAAAAUUUUCACCGAACUCCAAUUGACCUACAUAUAUCUUAUAGGUUUAUCUAGCCUCCAUUUCACGUUCUCUCUAAGCGUACUGCAUUGUAGGUUUAUCAACAACCAGGGAAAUGUUGAAUUGUACCAAAAAAUGCAGACUAUCGAUCGAAUUAUGAAAAUAAACUGGUCAAACGAUGGUAAAUUAAGAAUGAGCCAUUACAAGCUUAACCGCACCGCAGUAUUGUCGUUGUUGUCAGUCUUUAGUGCAUUGAUCUGCAUCACUAUCUACUUGACCCACGGAAUCAUCGGAGUCCAUGAGAUACUUGGCAACAACUGGACUGUCGUUUCUUUCGUUUUCGAAAUGGGUUGCUGCUCUAGUCACAUACAAUUUUUCAUUGAUCGAAUUAAUCGUGUUAAUUCGAUCAUUUCCAACCAUUUGAAGUCGGAGCAAAUCGGAGGAAGGACAUUACUUGUACAAUCCAUUAAUCUUAGCAAUAAGCGCCAGGAUUUUGAAUCGAGCGCGACAGACAUAUAUAUAAACGAGAUUUUUUCUACAUUUAUUUCCUUUCAAAAUCAAUAUCGGUUUCAGAAAGCUUUGAUACUGGACUUCUUGAUCACGGCCACAAUGACUGCUUUAAACCUCUGUAUGCUUCUCUUGCUCAGCAUCCGCAGCGAAAUGUUUCUACGUGAAGUCAACAAAACAAAAAAGCUCUCGAACUGUAUUCUGGCUCGUUAUUUAGACGGGCCAUUGCGAAUCAAAGCUAAGAAAAUGCUGAAGAUAAUAGAACGAGACCCUCCCCGCUUCUGCGUUUACAAUAUGUGGUACAUGGACGCGCGCCUCUUGCUCAACAUUUUCGCCAUUAUAACAAAUGCGUUUGUCAUUAUCCUACAAUUUUCAUUUACGUGAAGUA